AUGGAUGACGGAACGCGGAUUGCUGAGGAUGUCGAAGUAUUCCUGCGCGCCGCACGGGCAAAGGACACGGUCAAAUGCGCCGGGCUUUUGAAAGAAAACCCCAGUCUAAUCAACUCCAUAGAGGCAGGCGGAUUCUCGGCGCUUCACUUUGCCGCAUUUAAUGGGGACCUCGACAUGAUUCGUAUGCUGCUUGAGUUUAAACCUGAAGUGGAACUUCAGAACUAUGAUAACAAUACUCCGUUGAUCAUGGCUGCGAAAGGUCAUCAGAAUGCCGCCAUUAAGCUGUUGGUGGAAGCAGGCGCUGAUGUAAAUCGCAAAACGCCUACCGGCGGCACCGCUGCCCACUUUGCGGCAUCGAUGGGUUACGUGGAUACUGUCCGCUGUUUGGUGGAGCUUGGCGCCGAUGUUAUGCACGACACUUGCCAAACCGGCACCCUGCUCCAUUGGGCCGCCCACUCUGGGGAUAUUGACUGCAUUGGAGAGAUGAUUUAUGGACUCAAGAUUCCGAUUAAUGUCACGGACUCUCAUGGUGGAACGGCUCUCUUUACAGCCUUAUUCAUGAAGAAGGUUGAGGCGGUGGAAUUUCUCCUGGAAAAUGGAGCAGAUGCGCAAGUGACGAUUGAUGGGGACAAAUCUACGCCGCUUCAUAUCGCCGUGGAGCAUGCGAAUACUGCAUGUGUGAAGCUUCUUUUGUCGUUUGGUGCCAAUCCUCAGGCUGCGAAUACAAGCGGUGAGACUCCGGUCUCUCUGGCUGAGAAGGCCCGGAAUGAUGGCAUGCUCAAGGAGCUGCUGAAGCCCAUGCUCAGUGCGGAACGACGGAAGGAGGAGGCCGCACGCUUUAAGGCCCAGGGAAAUAAGGUGUUUGAAGCAGGUGAGAAUGUCAAGGCGGCCAAGUUUUAUACCCUGGCGAUCCACAUGGAUAAUACCAAUCAUGUUUUCUUCAGCAACCGGGCAGCAUCCUAUUUUAACCAGCGCCACUACAAGGGAGCUUACUGGGAUUCUCUUCGCUGUAUCUCCUUGGCUGCUGACUGGCCAAAGGGAUACUUCCGCAAGGCUGCCACGGAACUCGCCAUGAAGAAGUUUGAUGAGGCGCUGCAAACAUGCGAGCAAGGUUUGCGCCUGGACCCAAAAAACAAAGAUCUCUUGACAACAAAAGAGGAGGCCCGCCGACAGAGAAGCAAAUGA